AUGGAUAAAAUCGAAGGAAGGGAAAGUAAAGUAGCAGAGCCGCUUCUGAUGAUUUCGGGAGUGAUGAAGGGACUGACCGACCAGGAACUGACGGAGAAGUUACUAAGAGGAAAAGUAGAUAUAGACAGUGUGCUGCACUAUGUGGAGGAGUACCUGGGGCUGGCGAUGUGUUAUCGCUGCUGUAGGUUUGGCCAUAUUGCGAAGCAUUGUAGGGCGGCCGAGGUGUGUCACAGGUGCGGGGGAGGUCAUGAUGGGCAAAAUUGUGGGCAGAGUACAAGAAAAUGCAUAAAUUGCUACAAAAUGUUUGGCAAGGUUCGGGAACAUAGCGCGGGGGACAGUGACUGCCCGGCCAUGAAGGACAAAAUUAAAAGUGAAAUACCAGAUGUGAUAAUGAUUCAGGAACCGUAUCAAAAUUUUACAGGGUUUUUCGGAUAUGAUACGUUUAGAAUUGGGGAUCGGGUAAAAGUUAUCACUCUGAUAAGACAGGGAGUGGGAAGGGCGUGGAUGAGGAGGGAAAUUAGUUAUGAGAAUGUGAUGGUGGUUGUUCUAGAGGGGGUAGGAAGUGACGGGGACAUGCUGAUGGUAAACGUCUAUGACGAGCCCCCUGAUGCUCGGAAUGCUCAGUCGAGAUUCCGAGAUUUGUCGGGGUGGCUCGAAAGUAGGCGAGAGAGGAUUCUGAUGGCCGGGGAUUUCAAUGGUAAGAAUGUAGCAUGGGGUGGAACGGAGACGGACGAAAGAGGAGAAGAAAUUCUAGAAUGGACGGUGAUGCAUGGAUGGAACAUUGAGAAUUCCCAGGAUGACCCUCCCAGCUUCUCUUCCAAUAGGGGGAGAAGUUGGGUGGAUCUGGUAUUGAGUAAAGGGGUGAAGGUAAAGGACAUAAUUGUAGACAGAGAGGAGGAAAGUUUGAGUGACCACUAUUACAUCUCAUACGGGGUGGAAUUUGGAAAAAUCGCUAAAGGAAAAGGGAGAUGGAGGUACGAGGGAUAUUUGGAGGAGCGGGGGCCGGCCCAGCAGCGAUUGGGAGUAGAGGAAAGGGGUGCUCUUCUGCAGGGUGCAGUGCAGGAGGCCUGCAGGAGAGAAUUGAGUAAAAGAAAGAAAAGAAGGAGGAGACUAAAAGACUGGUGUACAGACGAACUGACUCACGAAAGACGAGAAGUUAGGAGGGCGCGAAAGGAUUUCCAAAUUGUUAGUGACGAUGACGAUGACAGGGACAGACUGCGGAGGGAAUAUUUGGUAAAAACAAACGCGUAUAAGCAUAAAAUUAAGGCGGUGAAGAUGAAGGCUAUGGAGGAGGAAUUAGAGGAAAUGGGGGAUAGAGUGUGGGAGAUUUGUAAAAGAUGGGUUAAGGGGGGGAAAAGAGAAGUGAAAGAGAAUAUGAGAAGGGAAGAUGGGAGUUUUACGGGCACAGUAGAGGAAACAUAUGAAGAAUUGGUGAGGAAAUAUUUUCCAGAGGACAGAUUAGAGGAUGAUGAGGCGGAGCACGGGGAAAUAAGGAGGGAAUACUAG